AUGCCUUGCGAUGACCUCGUACUAGCGCGGUGGACAUUGGCAAAGGGUCUCUUGGAGCAAUGCCUAACCCCUGGCGACAUUCAACUCAUCCGGGGACUUGAUCGGGAGCGUACGGCAGACCGUGCAGUUCCGAGUAACACCCAGGGUUCAUCACUGUCAGAAGAGGAUUCGACUGGAAUUUUGCUGCAGUGGACUGAGUCUGCGCUUCACCUCGAGCAGUGA